GAUAAUAGUUUAAAUGUUUGAAAGCAAAAGCAAUCCCUGAAUUCGCGUGCCCUCUAUCAUCAUCAAUAGAAUUUCAAAGUCAUAAAAACUUUGUCAAUUUUUUUUUUUACUUAUAUCGCUUUAUCUUUAAUUUAAGUUGUUCAAAAAGCCAUUAUUUAUGUGCAUGCAUGGCUUAUUAAUUUUCCUCUCAAUAUAAUAUGUGUAAUACUAGUUAAAAGUGGACUCUUCCUUUCUGCCAUUGCAUCUCUUUAUAUUUUCCUUCUCUUUCCUUAUACUAUACUUACAGAAGAAGAUGCAAAUGGGCUUUUAUCAUUAUCUUUUUCUUAUAGGAUUUGGGUUUAUUAUUAUCUUGAAUGUUGUGAAUGGACAUCCAAUAGAAGAUCUGGUGGAAAAUUUACCAGGGCAACCAAAAGUUGGAUUUAGACAAUAUGCUGGUUAUGUGGAUGUAGAUGAAAAGGCUGGUAGAAGUUUGUUUUAUUACUUUGUUGAAGCUGACAAAGAUGCUCACAAACUCCCUCUUACUCUUUGGUUAAAUGGAGGUCCAGGAUGUUCAUCAAUUGGAGGGGGUGCCUUCACAGAACUAGGUCCUUUCUUUCCUAGAGGUGAUGGCCGUGGUCUCAGAAGAAAUACUAAAUCUUGGAAUAAAGCAUCAAAUCUGCUAUUUAUUGAAUCUCCUGCUGGUGUUGGAUGGUCUUACUCAAAUACAUCCAGUGAUUAUACUUGCGGAGAUGACUCCACUGCCAAGGAUAUGCUAACUUUCAUGCUUAAAUGGUACGAAAAGUUUUCAGAAUUAAAAUCUAAACCCUUGUUCCUUACAGGUGAAAGUUAUGCAGGACAUUAUAUACCACAGUUGGCAAAUGUCAUUCUAGACUACAACGAGCAGUCCAAGGAUUUUAAGUUUAAUCUAAAGGGAGUAGCUAUUGGAAAUCCACUUUUGAGACUAGACAGAGAUGUUGCAGCAGUGUACGAAUAUUACUGGUCUCAUGGAAUGAUAUCAGAUGAAUUAUAUUUGAGUAUCAAAGAGAACUGUGAUUUUGAUGAUUAUGAAUUCCCAAUUCCUCAUAAUGAGUCAAUCACAUGCAACCAAGCUACUGAUGAAGCUUAUAAAGUAAUUUCUGACUAUAUUAAUGUGUACGACGUUAUUUUGGAUGUUUGCUAUCCUUCUAUCGUUCAGCAAGAGCUGCGUUUACACAAACAAGUUACUAAGAUGAGUAUGGGAGUAGAUGUUUGCAUGACAUCAGAAAGAUACUUCUAUUUCAACCUUCCUGAGGUUCAGAAGGCUCUUCAUGCUAAUCGGACUAAUCUACCUUAUGAAUGGAGCAUGUGCAGUGAUGUGCUGAAUUACUCUCAAUCAGAUGGUGACAUUGAUAUGCUUCCAUCCCUCAAAAACAUUAUUCAACAUGAUGUACCUCUUUGGAUAUUCAGUGGAGAUCAAGAUUCAGUGGUACCACUAAUAGGGUCAAGAACAUUGGUGCGUGAAUUAGCAAGGGAUCUAAAGUUCAAGGCGACAGUACCCUAUGGAGCAUGGUUUCACAAAGGGCAAGUAGGAGGGUGGCAAGUUGAAUAUGGAAAUAAACUCACAUUUGCAACAGUAAGAGGAGCAGCUCAUAUGGUUCCAUAUGCACAGCCAUCAAGGGCUUUGCAUCUUUUUAGCACAUUUGUUCAUGGAAGAAGAUUGCCUAAUACCACCCGCAUUCCCAUUGAUUGAUCAUUCAAUUUGAAAAUUUAAUUUAAUUUUCUUCUGGCUAAAGUAUAAAACUCAAUUCAUUUUUUUCACUUUAAUUUCUUUCAAAAAUUGAUGUGUAAUAAUUAAGUGAUUAAUCUCCUUCAAAAAUUGAUGUGUAAUAAGUGAUCAGCUAGCUAUUUCGUGACUCUUCAAUCUCCCCUCCAACGAGAGG